AUGUUCGAGAAAUACAAACCCCCUCGCUCCUACGGCACCAGCGGCGGUGCCUUGAGCCUCACAGGCCUAGAGAACAUGUCCUCCGCGGAAAAGACGGCGCGCAUCCUCGCCGUGGCAAACGACAUGGCGGCGUCGAUAAUAUACAUCGCCAAACAGGCCGAAGCAGGCAACCUGACAAACAGCCAGACCGUCCCGAUCUAUAACUUCAUCGACAGCAUACUGGGCCUCGAGAGGAGCCAGACGAGGGGCUUGAUGGCGGAGCUGGAGAAGCAGGAUUCGCGGAUUGCGUUCAUGGAGAAGCAGCACCAGAAGGACAUCGAGGAGCUGACGAGGUGUGCUCUCGAGGCGAUAUCGCAGAUGAAGGCGAGGGCAGACCAGCUGGAGAAGGCGAAGGAAUGA